GUUGCAAACAACUAAAAAACGUUAUUUUUUAGUUAAUGCAAAUCACCAGCUAUAACAUUCAAAGCGAGUCGAUUACUAUAUAUACACCCGUAUAGAUCAUGGGAAUGAAAGAAGAAAAAAUAAUUCAAAUAAGAAAGUUCAAAAUUAAUCAUAGAUGAUGGAGAUGAAGAUAAUUUUCAUGGCAUUUUUCUUUAUUGCUACUUUAGUAUCAUAUGCACAUCCAAGUUUGGGUCAAAAAGAUGUUGACGAUAAACCACUAGUCAAUUCCGGUCGCGAGUUUGAUACAUUGGAUACGAUAUCACCGGCUUCCGAAGAUUAUAAUAGUUAUAUGCUCAAAAACCUGUCACCAAAAUAUGUAACAUAUCUCAAAACAUGUCUGGACAGGGUGGGGAUGGGGCCCAAUGGUGGUGCGAAAUGUUAUGAUGAUGUUCUUGAAGAAAUUCUUACGAAUAAACCCGUUUCCAGAAAAUGUUGUCUGACGGUAGUAAAAGCCGGUAAAAAAUGCUACAUGGAAACUGUAAAGCUUAUGUUUCGAUUGUAUCAACUCAAACGUUUUGCUUCUCAAGUUUCUUUCAAAACCAAUAAAGUUUGGAAUAGAUGUUCUGCUAACGUUGAAAGUCCUUCAUCGUUUCAUGAUGAUGAAAAUGAGUUAUCUUAAUUGA